AUGCCCGUAAUCUGCAAGUGGGCAGUCCAGCAACACAUCGCGAACCGGGUGCAAUCCUCGGAAUAUUCGCUCCGAGCCAACACUGCGUGCGUCGCGCAAGCAGGAAUCCGCAAGCCGGAUCAUUGUCAGUCGGCACUUGGGCCAGAAGCCAUCGCACUGCCCAAGUCGGCACGUGCAGGGACACAUAUGGAAGCGGAUCCAGGGCGGCGGCGGCCUGAGGAUCCUGAGUUUCACCUCAUUUCCGGGAGCUUCCCUGAUGCCCGGAACCCAGUGGCCGCGGCUUCUCCGAGGCAUGCAGGCCGUCGUCUGUACUCCUGCGAGGAUGCUGCGAGUGCGCAGUCCACUAAUGCAUCACGCGCGUCCUCAGCGUCUCCGAACAAGUGCACCGAGUCGAACGUGUGCCCACUGCGUUCGGGAUGGACGAUCCUGCAUUCCGGCCUGGCAGGCAAACUUUUCUCGACAUUCCAGCCCAGAUGGACUGAAAAAGGGACGGCAGCAACAUAUUGA